ACGCAUGCGCAUUGGCUCACGAGCGCGGUGCUGCACGCGGGGAGGUAGGCUGAGCGCCAAGAGGGGGAGUCGAGCGUGCCUGUCCUUGUUAUUUUUCUUUCCCGGCCCUCGCGCAGUGCGUGGGCCUGCGGGUCCGAGGAGGCGCUGAGCGACGGGGUGCGAUUAGGCCUGCGCGGGCGCGCGGUGCAUGAGGACGCGGUCUCGCUCCUCACGAGGUGGAGCGGUGCAGCCAGCGUGCGCCCCGGCGUGGCGACAGGGGCUGGUGCUCCCCGUUUCCCUUUGAUCGUGGCCCCUCAGGCACUCUCUCGGAUCCCCCUGAGGGUCGGCCUUGCAUCUCGGCGCUCCCCUCCUCGCCCGGCCCCUCCCACCGGCCUGGAUCCCUGUCGCCUAGCUCGCUUGCCAUUGAUCAGUGAGCCCGCUUCAUCCUACGGGUGGGGGCGGGGGCUCCCCGCUCGCAGGCGGAGAAGAUGGCUGGAGGACGUCUGCUGUUGGGGGGCGACUUCCUGUCGCCGCCGCCGUUGCCCCCCCUGCCGCCACCGCCGCUGCCGCCCCUCCCGCCGCCCCCGCCUGAACCAGUUCUGGAGCAGUGGCGCUAUAGCCACGAAAGUGACUGGCAUUGGGCUCUGCGGCGGAGCUUCAUCUGUCGGCACCUGCACAGCUAUCCCGGGGCUGCCCUGGACCAACUCCUUGCGCUCUCCGCUGCCUGGACCAACCACGUUUUCUUGGGCUGCAGGUACAGCCCACGCUUGAUGGAAAAAAUUCUGCAUAUGGCUGAAGGUAUUGAUAUUGGGGAGAUGCCUUCAUAUGAUCUGAUGCUGCCCAAACCUUCUAGAGGCCAGAAGCGCCACCUUUCGAUGUAUGAUGGUCAAAAUCCUCCUAAAAAGCAAGCCGGUUCCAAAUUCCAUGUGAGACCUCGUUUUGAACCUGUCCAUUUUGUAGCUAGUAGUUCAAAAGAUGAAAGACAGGAAGAUCCUUAUGGUCCUCAAACAAGAGAUAUAAAUGAACAAAUGCAUUUUGUCAGCAUGCCAAGAAACUUCUACCAAGACUAUACUCAAGACUCUUUCAAUGUACAAGAUGGGCAUUCUCAGUAUUGCAAUUCAUCGGGAUUUAUUUUCACAAAAGAUCACCCUAUGACGGCCAGCAUGUAUUUUGACAGUGGGAACCCUGCCCCAAGCAGCACACCCCAUCAGGCAAACUUGAGGGUAGUCCCUGAGCCUGCUUCACAGACAUAUCCUGAGUCAGUGGUAGCCGAGAAGCAGUAUUUUAUUGAAAAGUUAACAGCAACUAUCUGGAAGAACCUUUCUAAUCCAGAGAUGACUUCUGGAUCUGAUAAAAUUAAUUAUACCUACAUGCUAACUCGUUGUAUUCAGGCAUGUAAGACAAAUCCUGAGUAUAUAUAUGCUCCCUUAAAAGAAAUUCCUCCGGCUGACAUCCCAAAAAAUAAAAAACUCCUCACAGAUGGUUACGCUUGUGAAGUUAGAUGCCAAAAUAUCUACCUAACUACAGGUUAUGCAGGCAGCAAGAAUGGGUCCAGGGAUCGAGCUACUGAGCUAGCCGUCAAACUCUUGCAGAAGCGAAUUGAGGUGAGAGUUGUCCGGCGGAAAUUCAAGCACACAGUUGGAGAGGACCUUGUGGUGUGUCAGAUUGGCAUGCUUUCGUAUGACUUUCCCCCAGCUCUGAAACCACCAGAAGACCUGGUGAUGCUGGGGAAGGAUGCUUCUGGGCAGCCUGUUUUUAAUAGUUCUGCCAAACACUGGACCAAUUUUGUCAUUACAGAAAACGCAAACGAUGCCAUUGGCAUCCUUAACAAUUCUGCCUCAUUCAACAAAAUGUCAGUUGAGUACAAAUAUGAGAUGAUGCCAAAUCGCACAUGGCGUUGUCGAGUGUUUCUCCAAGAUCACUGCUUAGCUGAAGGUUAUGGAACCAAGAAAACAAGCAAACAUGCAGCUGCUGAUGAGGCUUUGAAAAUUCUUCAAAAAACCCAGCCCACUUAUCCAUCUGUCAAAAGUUCCCAGUGCCAUUCUGGCUCUGCACCCAGAGGCUCUGGAAAGAAGAAAGACAUAAAGGAUCUCGUCGUUUAUGAAAAUUCUUCUAAUCCUGUGUGUACACUGAACGACACAGCUCAGUUUAAUCGAAUGACAGUUGAAUACGUGUAUGAGAGGAUGACUGGCCUCCGCUGGAAAUGCAAGGUGAUUCUAGAGAGUGAAGUCAUUGCAGAAGCGGUUGGAGUGAAGAAGAGUGUCAAAUAUGAAGCUGCUGGAGAAGCUGUGAAAACCCUCAAAAAGACCCAGCCAACUGUCAUUAACAACCUGAAGAAAGGGACUGUUGAAGAUGUGAUUUCAAGAAAUGAAAUUCAGGGUCGCUCAGCAGAGGAAGCUUACAAACAGCAAAUCAAAGAAGAUAACAUAGGGAAUCAGCUGCUGAGAAAGAUGGGUUGGACGGGUGGUGGUUUAGGGAAAUCUGGCGAGGGCAUACGGGAGCCUAUCUCAGUCAAAGAGCAGCAUAAGCGAGAAGGGCUUGGGCUAGAUGUAGAGAGAGUCAAUAAAAUUGCCAAGAGGGAUAUUGAACAGAUCAUCAGAAAUUAUGCCCGCUCCGAGAGCCACACGGAUUUGACCUUCUCCACAGAGCUGACCAAUGACGAACGCAAGCAAAUACAUCAGAUUGCUCAGAAGUAUGGCCUGAAGAGUAAGUCUCAUGGGGUGGGCCAUGAUAGGUACCUGGUAGUAGGUAGAAAAAGGCGGAAGGAAGACCUCCUAGAUCAACUCAAACAGGAAGGCCAAGUAGGACAUUAUGAACUUGUUAUGCCCCAAGCAAAUUGAGGUCUUCUGGUUUAUCUUGUAAAUGCCACAUGAGACAGAUCAUACAUUUAAAAAAAAUACUACAUGUUCUGGUUGCAGAGUAUUCAUUCUUAAGAUGUUUCACCUUGUUCAUUUCAUAUAGUGCUUUAUUAGGUAUUGAAACCUGAAGAAUUAAUUCUGUCCACUUGUAUUAGCUUAAUCCAGCAGAUGAAAUUGUGCAGUUACUGUUUAUGUCUUUGAUAUUGUUGUGUCCCUCAGAAUUUAGUAGUUCGUACAAGCAAGAACACCCAUCCCAGUGGAAUUUCACCCUGAGGAAGAAAUUCACAUUUUAAAGAGCAUAGAACAGCAAUCUGCAACAAUAUGUAAAGUCAUUAUUGACUCUUAAUUAAACUACAGUUUUAAUUCCAGACUUACAGAAAAUGUCAGGUCAUUUUGUAUUAUCUAUUUUCAUCUUUGUGUGAAGCCAGUUAUAGAAUGUUUAAGUAGUUUGUGCUGUAUAUGUAAAUGUCCUUACCAAUUAAAUGGUGUAAAACUUUCGUAAAAGAACUUUUAGUGUGUGUUUAUUUAUAACUUCUAUCCUGUGAUUUCCAGAAUAUUGGAAGUGGUUUACUGUAUCUUGUGAUAUAUGAGUUUUAACAAAUUCUAGUCUUCAUGCUGAGAGAGUACUACUUGAGAGAGCCAUUGCUGAGUUUCAAAAAAAAAAAAACUUUCAGUUGGGAGAAAGGAAGCUUGAACUGCUUGUUCUUGGUGCCUUGCAGAGAGCCUCACAGCAACUCUCCAUUGUAGCUUUCACACAGUGUGCGCCACAUCCAAGGCAGCCAUGGCUGUGGUAGAGCUUGGUAAAAGACUGAAGAGACACUGGUGCUUUGAUGAAAAGGUCAGUUGGCUGGUCCCUCUCUCAAAAAGCUUAUCACGCCCCAAAGCCAACUUUAUAACAUAUUUAAAACUGCUAUUUUCGCUUAUUUCUGGAAUGUAAAAAAUGUAUAAAAAAGAAUUAGUGUAUGCUUCCUGAAUAAAAAGGAGCCAAAAUUGAUCAAAA